AUGGCUGCAACCGUGUAUACGCAUACUGAUUUCCCGUAUACCAUCUCAUCUUCCACUACCUCUCCUCGUAAAUCCUCCACUUCCACUUUUAACAAGUCCAUCCAUUCUUCUCCUCCCUCGUUUCGACAUCGGAGAGCUCCUACUUAUCCCACUCCUAUCCCUAGACCAUCAACAUCGGGUCAGAAUGAUCUCGAUGACGAGGAGGAUGAACGGGACAAGGACCGUAUCGAUAAUGCAUCUUGGAUUUCAUCAAGGACAUCGUUCGACUCAGAACGGUCCUCUCUGUAUUCUCCUUCCUUCUCCCAUUCUCGUCCUAUGACACCUCCUAUAUACUCGCGCUACACAUCAUCCACAUCCACAUCUUCCCCAGCUUCUUCCUCCUUCAUGUCCGCUUCUACCCCCAGUUUGCAUGGCCCCGGUCCAUGGAUGUAUGGGGCCACAGCUUCGCCCAGAAUCAGGAAUGCCGCAUUGCCCACUUAUUUACCCCCUGAUCCCUCUUCUCCUUUCACUACUACUUUCCAUGACGAAGAUGAAGAAGAAGAGGAGACUAUAUUAGGCCAUCACCAUUUAUCCCAUCCACCGGCUACUACUGCCAAGGCUCAAAGCAAUACCGGUCGGAGACGAUCUUCAUUAUUUAGUCAUCAUAGGCGGACAUCAAUCGAUCCCUCUCGUCCGGCAGAACCUCUUUCCUCUUGGGUCCUUGCCUCCGCUGAGGAUCUCGAUGAGGAAGUGGAAGGAGGAGAACGCGAUGAGUUUGGGAGUGACGUUGAACAGCAGGCACAGCAGACGCCAAGCUGUGCCGAGUCUGCACGGAAACGGUGGGAUCUGUUCUCCGUGCGAGUUCACCUGGGUGUUUUCCACGCGAAGAAACGACUUUCCAAUCUAAAGCAGGGCGGUUCUUCCUCUCCGUCAUCGUCAUCAACUUCCACUGCAUCUUCCACGGUACCUAGCUCGAAUCCGGUGGGGUUGCGGUCGCCGAAGUUGACACCUGGUUCGCCUUUAAUGUCUCCUCCAUCCAAGUUACUUCAUUUCUAG